CGGUCAGAGGUCACUUGGAGAGUGUUUUGCCUCGAAUGGUUCUCAUUCAAAAGGCCAUCUCAUUCCUUCUGUGGUGCUUUGGAAAUUCGCGCCCUCCUCUGGUCCCGGUUCAGGUGCACAGAAACGUCUGGGGGAGGACGCAGGUGCUCAAGAGAGGUGGGGCGGUGAAGGCGCCCGAGUGGUGAACCCAAAGAUCGAACCUGCAGACCCAGCGCAAAGUAGAAACUGAAAGUACAUUGCCGGCUGAUCCUACGGAAGUUAUGGGAAAGGCAAAGCGCAGAGCCUGGCCGUGGUGUGUGCCGCCCCCCUUGGGAUGGAUGAAGCAGCAGGCGCGGCGUGGGUGAAAGGAACCAGCCGCAGAGACCGCCCUACCCCGCACGCGCUCCCAGCAACUCCGCGGAAGACCAGGGGCCUGGCAGCGACUAUGGGCGGUGAGAGCUUGCUCCUGCUGCAGUUGCGGUCAUCAUGACCACGCCCGCCUCCCGCAGACCAUGUUCCAUGUUUCUUUUAGGUAUAUCUUUGGAAUUCCUCCCCUGAUCCUUGUUCUGUUGCCAGUAGCAUCAUCUGAUUGUGAUAUUGAAGGUAAAGACGGAAGAGAAUAUCAGCACAUUCUAAUGAUCAGCAUCAAUUACUUGGACACCAUGAUAAAAAAUCGUACCAAUUGCCCGAAUAAUGAACCUAACGUUUUUAAAAAACAUGCAUGUGAUGAUAAUAAGGAAGCUGUGUUUUUAUAUCGUGCUGCUCACAAGUUGAAGCACUUUGUCAAAGUGAAUAACAGUGAGGAAUUCAAUCUCCACUUAUCAAGAGUUUCACAGGGCAUGUUACAGUUGUUGAACUGUACCCCCAAGGAAGACAGCAAAUCUUUAAAGGAACAGAGAAAACAGAAGAGCUUGUGUUUCCUAGGGAUACUACUACAAAAGAUAAAAACUUGUUGGAAUAAAAUUUUGAGGGGCUCUAAAGAACAUUGAAAAAUAUGGAGUGGCAAUAUAAAGACAUAUGACUUUAGUUGUAUCUUCCAAGAAUCUAUUUGCUCAUACAGUUUUUGGGGGUAGAAUACCCUAGAAGUGACAGAAUGCCUCCUGGUAAAAGUGGAUUACAGCAGCUGAGAAAUUCAUACAAUAGAACUAGAACUAGAUGGACGCAGACAGUGGAAACCAAAUGCUGCAAUCAACAAACUAUUUUAUAUGUUUUUGGACAUAAUCAGUAUUAAUUCUGUGAUUUUUGUAAGAUAAUCCAUGUAAACUAUUAGUUGCAAUAAUACUUUUUAAACCUGUUUUAAAAUUUCAGAAGAAGAGAGAAAAUCUGUGAAGUAUAUAAAGGUUGCAAAGAUUAAAAAAUAACACUGCUUUAUUAUCAAAUUAAUUUUAUGCAUCAGCAUACUACAAUGAGAGUGGAAAUUGGUGUCUCUGUGCUGAAAAUGUUUCAGAAUUAACAGUGAGAUGUGGGUAACGUCCAUGAGAGGAGGAGUCAUAUACCUUAAAGCAGCAGCAGUAUGAAGGAGUACAAGAGAUUUAAGAGAGAGAUUAAGACAUGUAAUCAUACAUGAAUGUAUAACACAGUGCCUUCACUAGAUGGUAUAGCAAAUGUUUUAAGAUGACCAUAAAGAAUAGUUUCACAAAAUAGAAACUCACCUGUUCUAAGGAUGCUAAACCAUAAUACUGAGUUAUUUUGGUCAUUUAUAUGUAAUAAAAUUUGUCUAAAUGAGUUUGCAAUUUGGGAAGUAUAUUUUUAACAGAAUAAUAUAUGUUGACCUUUUAAUUAAUGAAAUGUGUAUAUUUAAUUUUGACACUGUAUCUGUAUUAUAUACAAAUAUUUUCAUACAGUAUUACAAACGUUGCUUAGUUUGGAUAACAUUCCUCCUUUGAUAAUAAAUGGCCUAUGUAAUAACA